GCCACCCACGGCGGCGCUGGGCUGGUCCCGGCGGGCUCAGAGCGGCGAUUCCCGGCGGUACCGGAGAGCCUGUACCGAAGAGCCUGUACCGGAGCGGCCGUACCGGCCCUGCCGUCCUGCCCCUGCCUGCGGUAGCCCCCCCGGCACUGCCAUGCUGGCCGCCGCAUGGCCCCUGUGGAGCAGGACGCGCUGGCCGUGCGGGAGCAGCUCUUCCACGAGAGGGUCCGCGAGUGCAUCAUCUGUGCCCUGCUCUUCGCCAGCCUCUACAUCCUCUGCCACUUCAUCAUAACCCACUUUAAGAAGCACGCGGAUUUCACAGCAGUUCUCGAUGAUGAGGAUGCUGCUGUCAACAGGAUUGCGCUGGGACUCUGCACCUUCACCCUGGCUGUGGCGCUGGGUGCCGUCCUCCUCCUGCCCUUCUCCAUCAUCAGCAAUGAGGUGCUGCUCUCCUUCCCCCAGAACUACUACAUCCAGUGGCUGAACGGGUCCCUCAUUCAUGGCCUCUGGAACUUGGUCUUCCUCUUCUCCAAUAUGUCCCUGGUCUUCCUCAUGCCCUUUGCCUACUUCUUCACUGAGUCGGAGGGGUUUGCAGGAUCCAAGAAGGGCAUCAUGGCCAGGGUGUACGAGACGUCGGUGGUGCUGCUGCUGCUGACACUGCUGGUGCUGGGCAUGGUCUGGGUGGCCUCUGCCAUCGUGGGCAACGAUGCUGCCAGUCGCCAGUCACUCUACGAUCUCUGGGAAUAUUAUCUCCCCUACCUCUACUCCUGCAUCUCGCUCUUUGGCGUCCUGCUUCUGCUGUUGUGCACCCCCUUUGGCCUUUCCACCAUGUUCACCGUCACUGGGAAGCUGCUGGUGAAACCCCGGCUCCUGGAAGACCUGGAUGAGCAGCUGAGCUGCACAAGGUUUGAGGAAGCCGCCGUGUCCCACAGGAUCCGCUCUGGCAAAGCUUCCUGCUGGCUGAAUCUGGACAUGGAGAUGCUGCGGGAGCAAUUCUUUGCCAUCCGGAGCAAGAGGCGGAAGCUGGAGCUGCGGCACCGAGCAUCGCCCUGGCAGAGGAACCUGGGCUACCCCCUGGCCAUGCUGGUCCUCCUGGCACUGACGGGCAUCUCUGUGCUCAUCGUCUGCUUCCACGUCCUGGAGCUGCUGCUGGAUGAUGCCGCAAUGCCACGGGGCAUGCAGGAUGCGUCCCUGGGCCAGGUUUCCUUCUCCAUCUUCGGUUCCUUUGGAGCUGCACUGCAGGUUGUCCUCAUUUUCUACCUGAUGGUCUCCUCUGUUGUGGGCUUCUACAGCUCCCCCCUCUUCACUCGCCUGCUGCCGGAGCGGCAGGACACCCCCCUCACCAAGAUCAUUGGAAACUGUGUCUCCUUGCUGGUGCUCAGCUCAGCACUGCCUGUCUUCUCCAGGACACUGGGGAUCACCCGUUUUGACCUCCUGGGGGACUUUGGCCGCUUCAACUGGUUGGGGAACUUCUACAUCGUCUUCCUCUACAACAUGGGCUUUGCAGGGCUCACCACACUCUGCCUGGUGAAAAAGGUCUCCUGGGCAGUCCAGGCCGAGCUCAUCCAUGCCUUUGGUCUGCACAAGCUGCCGCUGCCCGUGACGCGCUGCCGGACCCGCAGCAAGCCCUGCUAGGGCUGGGGGACAGGGAAGUGUCGUCCCCCCCACCCCGUGGUGGCCCCAGGGUGGCUGUCAGCCACAGUGCUGGCCCUGAUAGCACCUGGUGCCUCAGGGACAUCAGAGCCCCUCAGGGAGAGCUCAGACCCCAUGGGGGGGCCGACAACCCCUGCCAGCCUCUCGUCAAGCCCUGCUUAGGCUGGGGGACAGGGAUGUGUCCCCCCCACUGUGGUGGCCCCAGGGUGGCUGUCAGCCACAGAGCUGGCCCUGAUAGCACCUGGUGCCUCAGGGGCAUCUGAGCCCCCCAGGGAAAGCUGAGACACCUUUGGGGGUUGCCCCCCUGCUCUAUCUCAGCGUGUUAUGCUACUGAGCCUCGGCCCUGAGCCACACCCCCAUCACACAUCUCUGAGGGGCGCGGGGUCCCCCCGAGGCUGCGCUGGCUGCAGCCCCCCCACCCCGUUUACAUACCUCGUGCAAGAAUGGCCGGGCCCCCCCGACCUCCCCAGGCUGCUCCCUGGGGUCUGGUUGGGUUUUAAAUGUUGCCCCACCUGGGGACUGUCCUGAAACUAUGGGAGGGGGUCCUGUGCUCCCUGCCCAGAGUCACUCCACACUCCAUUCCUGUGUCACUCUAGGGCUGCAGGGGGGGCACUGGUUGUCCCCCGCCCACCCCAAGGCCUUUGGGGUCCCCAAUAAGGGGGCCUGGGGUGCAGGGGACGAGUCCCCCCCCUCUCUGGCAGCUUGAUGUGAUGAGUAUGUCGGGUCUCUGUUACCACAGAACUUGUUUGGAGCAAUAAAUAGUGACUGGUUUUUAUAUAAAAA